AUGCUUUAUGCACGGAAUACCGUGCCCCGCGCAAUUCCCGCUCUUUGUAUCUACCAUCGCGCGCCAUCAGCUGCACUCGGUGUUCCCUCCGGUAUCACGCCAUCUUGCUCACUUGUAGGAUCUGGCCGAUACCCAGUCUCGCAACGAGGUGUGGUAUUCCUCCGCGCACAAGACUUAGAUAUCGAAGGUCAAAAGUCUCUUGGUAGGAAGCUCGGUGAGCUGUCCGGCAAGCCCAAGGACUCAACCUUGCACGUCCACCCUACCACCGAGAUCACAUCUUCCAAGGGCGACGAGAUAUCCAUUAUUAACAGCGAGCGUCAGAGUCGCAAUGUUGGUGACACCUCUAGGCUCGCCUCCCACCACUGGCAUUCGGACAUUACAUUCGAGCCCGUGCCCAGCGACUAUGCCAUACUCAAGCUCCACACCAUCCCCGAAUCAGGGGGCGAUACUGUAUGGGCGUCUGCGUACGAGGCAUAUUCCAGGCUCUCUCCUGAACUUGCCAAAUUCUUGGAGGGCAAGGAGGCGUUUCAUGAAGCUGGCUUCUUCAGGAAGGAGGCUGAGCAGUACGGGAUCGAGCUGAGGACCGGCCAGAGAGGGUCACCUUUGAACCAAGGCCCGUCGCUCUCCGCUAUACACCCCGUGAUUCGAGUCAACCCCGUCACGGGCUGGAAGGGUCUUUUUGUCAAUCAAGGCUUCACUCGACGUAUUCUCGGCGUUACCAAAGACGAAUCAGACUUUCUUCUAGACUAUCUCACCAAACUUGUGACCAACAAUCACGACCUUCAAGUUGGCACCAACUAUGCUCCCGGCAUCGGGGACAUUGCCAUCUGGGACAACCGAUCCACACAACACUCGGCGACCUUUGACUAUGACAACGCCCACCGCGUCGGGAGACAGGGUAGUCUCCAUCGGGGAGAAACCCUACUAUGA